AUGAGUUUCCUGUGCUGCUGGAACCAAAGGCAAUCCUCCACCAGCCAGAGGGAGUUCUUCCCAGGCCCUGGGAGGACACAAUGGAGUGCUACUAGCUUCCAUUCCCUCAGACAGCCCAAAAGCUACAAAGCCUUCAGAAAGAUCCACAAAGCUGCUAGCCUGGGUCAUGUUGCCACGGUUCAGCGCAGACUGGAACUUGGGAAAAAUGGCAUUAAUGACCGAGACAAGAAUAACAGAACUAUGUUACACUUUGCUUGUGUGCAUGGCCAUCCGGACGUAGUUGCCCUUCUAAUAGAGCAGAAUUGUGACAUUGAUCUCCGCGACAGUGACAACAGCACAGCACUAAUUAAGGCUUCACAGUAUGAGCGUGAAGAAUGUAUCGCCAUGUUAUUAGAACACGGUGCUGAUCCAAAUGCUAUGGACAGCAGUGGGAACACAGCACUGCACUAUGCUGUUUGGCAUAACAACAUGUCAAUGGCAGCCAAACUGCUGGCCCAUCAUGCUGACAUCACUAUAAGGAAUGAGGAUAGCUUCACACCACUUAAACUGGCUCAAUUAAAAAACCAUGACAACCUGGCAAAACUUUUAGAAAACAAGGAAGAAAAGAUAGAGGAAGUUGAUGAAUUAGACAGGUCUUCAAAGAAAACUUCCGAUGAAAAGGAAGAGGUCAAAGAACAAGGAAAUCUUGUGUUUGACAAAGAACAAGGAGAUCUUAUGUGUGACAAAGAACAAGGAAAUCUUAUAGUUGACCUUAACGAACUAAUAUCAGCAUCUGAGGGAAACUUAGAGGACUGUGAGAUGAUCAGUUUCGACACUAUUCUGCAUCUUAUUGAACAGCUCAGGAGGCAGAGCAAAGAUUGUACCAUGUAUUCCACUGUGUCCUCAGUAUACCUUUCUGCAGUGCACCAUAAGUUUAUGUGA